AUUAAGGGCCUUGGAGAACCUCUGAGCACAUGCUCGAAAUUUAGGCGGGAUGGUGUUUGGACUGAAUCUCCAAUGGUGUCAGGAAGUCAAAUUCCAGCUCAACUUGGUCCUCGAAAUCUGAAUAUCCGGUGAUGGCAGCAGGGAGACUUCUCUAAACUCUGCUCCUUUUCUGACAUCUGGAGGUCGAUCCGAGAUAACCGUACCAACUUCAGAGGUACAUUUUCUGGUGCUUGCGACUUCUUGGGUAGCUUGAAAGGGCCCCAACGGCGCAUCGAUCCGCAGUGUGGUGCUACUAUGUGCAGAUUCGCCGUGGCAUUCUAGAGUCCUGAUUCUUUUAAACUGAAUCUGGCUCGGUCAACUGCGGACAGCUGCGAAAAAUGAGGUCUUUAGUCGCUACUUCUUGGGAUUUCAUUUAACUGAGGGAGGGGAGGUGUAGCACAGGAACAAGGCAAGGACGGGACGGUGUGCUUAGCUUGUGAGCUUCGUCUCGUCCGUUCGCUUCUUGGGAUUGCGCAUUUACAAGGAUCGAAGAAGGGACUGCACUAUCCGUCGGUCCCUGUUGAAUAGUAUGUGAAAUUGACUUCUCGCUCAAUCCACAGGGCUCAGAUACAAUGGCUACCGUACAGAGGGACUCUGAAGUGGAUUUGGAUGCCAGGGGAGAUGAAGGCAGUCGGUCCUCUGCUGCGUCGCCUGGCUCCGGGUCUGGCAAUACUGAGAGGAAUUUUCUCUUCGGAUGGUUUUCAAGUGACAAGAAUGAAGCGGAGAUGGAACCAAAGCAGUCGGAGAAAUACGUCGUUGCGGAUCCAAAGACAGGUGCAGGGCAUUCUGGUCCUAUGCAUUACUUGUGGGAUUUGAUUCGUGAUAAAAACCGGUGGAAGGAUAGUUGUCAAAUUUCAGAUCCCAUGAAGGAAGAAGUUCAGAAUAACGAGACUUGGCAGGCAAGAUUGUCGUUGUUCAUCCUCAAAGUUCUGUGGUACGUGAGUGGACCUCUGAAGUCUUCCGGACAAUGGAUGGAAUACAUGUUCAAUGUUUUCAUUUCCAACGAUGGAUUCUUCAAGACCUUGUACCGCGUCCUGUUCAAGAAAAGUGAGCUCAUCAUUCGACAAAGAGGGAGUGAAGAUUUUCUUUCCAUCAUGGGGGCAAUGGAUCCACGAUUUGCUUUGUAUCUGGACAAAUCUAGUUUCGGAGUAGCACAUAGUGAUGAUGCUAACGCACUCAUUUUCCCUGGAACCGAUUAUGGAUCCAGAGCGACUGCGGACGUCCUGGUAAUGGCUUCCAAGUUGGCGUACGAGAAUGCUGCAUGCGUCAAAAAAGUGGUCACUCAAAGCUGGAAGAUGCACUUCGUCGAGUUCUACGAUUGCUGGAAUGAAUUUCAUCAAGAGAGAGACACGCAGGUUUUUAUUUUCACGGAUCAGCCGAAAGACGCCAGAGCAAUCGUCGUCGCCUUCAGAGGGACGGAGGUUUUUAAUGCCAUAGAUUGGAGCACAGACAUGGAUUUCUCCUGGUUUGAGGUUAAGGGAUUGGGGAAGGUCCACGUCGGUUUCCUGGAAGCACUGGGUCUUGGAGAUCGGAAAAGAAUGGAAACCUUUGCGAUCAUGAAUGACAACAUGCACUCCCAGCCAUCGGAGCAAGCCGGGAGUGCCAUGUCUGGACUACCUGCUGACGUGGUGGCGGAGCCAACGAAGAUUCUGGCUUACGACGACAUAACAAAGAGGGUGAAGAAGCUGAUGGACGAGAAUCCGGAGGCGAAGCUGUUUGUAACAGGGCACAGUCUUGGUGGUGCGCUGGGAAGUCUGUACUGUACUCUGUUGUUCUUCAACAAUGAGGACAUGGUGACGAGCAGACUGGGAGCGCUGUACACGUUCGGACAACCGCGAGUGGGAGGUGAUGAGUAUUGCAAAUUCAUGAUCAGUAAAAUUCACGAAUCCAAGUACUGGAGGAUCGUGUAUGGCAACGACCUUGUUCCUCGUGUUCCGUUCGACAACAAAAUCUUCCUCUUCAAGCACUGCGGCUAUUGCUACUAUUACAAUGAACGCUAUGUGGAAAUGACUCUGGCGGAAGCUCCUAAUGCCAAUUACUUCACCCUCAGUUUCAAGACCGUAGUGAUGCAGCGUUUGGUGGCCCUGUACGAACUGUUCGUAUCUCUAUUUUCGGGGUGGAUCUACGGUGCGGAUUUCCGAGAAAAUUACGCGUCUACAGGAGUGAGACUACUGGGUCUGAUCUCGCCCGGUAUCGCUGCACACAUCAUGAACAACUACGUCAACGCAAUACGGUUGGGGCCCUCGCCUUUGGAGGCCAAGCUUCAUGAAAUCGAGCUUCUGGAAGACAGAUCCAAGAGCCUUUUCAAAUUCAUUGCCUCGUUUAUGGGAAAAAAAUCCGUGCCUGCGAAUGGCCCACAGAAUGCUCACGAGGAAUAGGCUUUUUAUUUCAAUUCUUUGAUGGGUGCAUCAGUCUUUGAACUACGUUUGCCAAAUCUUUCAUCUCUUAAUUUGCAUCACAAGCAUGCUGAGGAUUGUAAACGGGAAGAUACGGUACACCGUAGAUCCAUAGCUGAUAGAGUGUACAGUACAGCGAUUAAUUUGUGCCCAGAUUGCGUGUUUUCCCAUUGUAGAAGUUGAGAGAGACAUAGGUUAGUUCUAGGGGAUAGGCUUGCAGAGUUCGGGCUUUUUAUCUGUAUCCUGAAUUCGUCGAGUACAUUACACUCCAUGUACGUCGUACAUGCAGUGCAUCAUACUUGAGCUGGUUCCCGCCAUUGUACUAUAUAGGUGGUACUUUUGUUUAUUAGUCAGAGGAUGUUGAGCACAUAUGUAAAGCUGAGAGAGCGUAUAUACUCGAAUUGACAGGACUCUUCGUAAUCGAAAACUGUAUUUAGCUCAGAAUUAUUAGUAUUGCAGAAGAGUUUUGUACUUUGGUCUCGUGCCUUGGUUUCCUUGAAGCCUUAAUUAUACUAUGUUGAAAUAUAUACGUGUAAUU